AUGAGAGACUUGCCCGGGAUCGACUGUGAAGUUACCUUCGUGGAGGACGAAGACUUCCUUGACGGCGCAUCCAACUACAAGAUUCGAAAAAGACAUCGGAAAUGGGCUGAGUCUGCCAUCAGAGACGAGAACCCUCGUUGGGAGCCUCCCGAAAAAACAUCCUGGUGGCAUGGUAACCCCAGAUACGACUACUUCGUCACCCUCGACGCUCUCCCCCUGUGGUACAACCAAAUGUCAACACCGCUGGACGAUCAAAGAUCCUUCAAGCUGCACGCGACCGAUUGGUUCAGAAAGAAAGGCUUGGAAAUGCUGAACUUCAAUUCAUGGGACGUGAUGGAGUGGAGACGACACCGAGGUUGGGUGAAGCUACGCAUGAAUUGGUUCCAGAUGGAUUUGUACGAGGACUUGUGGGGACGAGAACCCGGAGAUGCCCUUCAAAGAAUCAAGUGGAAGCGGGAAAGAGACGAGGAUACGAUCCGGCUCUAUCUUGGUGGUAAAUGGAGAUACGAUUGA